UAUGCAUUAUUGUGUAUAUGUACUUCUAUAUUUUAUUCUCCUUUAUAUAUUUCUAACAAUAUCUUAUUAACGUUACAGUUACGUGCCGAUGUGGUACCUAAGACUUGUGAAAAUUUCCGUACCCUAUGCACUGGUGAGAAGGGUUUCGGUUACAAGGGUUCCUGUUUCCAUCGCGUUAUACCAAAUUUCAUGUGUCAAGGUGGUGAUUUUACUAACCACAAUGGCACUGGUGGCAAGUCCAUUUAUGGUAAUACCUUCAAAGAUGAAAACUUUGAUUUGAAGCACACUGGUCCUGGUAUUCUUUCAAUGGCUAAUGCUGGUCCAAAUACCAAUGGUUCUCAAUUCUUUAUUUGCACUGAUAAAUGUGAAUGGUUGAACGAUAAGCAUGUUGUCUUCGGAAAGGUUGUUCAAGGCAUGGAGAUUGUUAAGAAAAUUGAAGGAAUGGGAUCAGAUUCUGGCAACACCAAAAGGAAGGUUGUCAUCUCUGAUUGUGGCGAAGUUAAAUAAACAAACGCUUUCAAUUUAUGUGCAUACAAAUUAACACUUAUUAAAAAUUUAAAUUUAAAUUUGUAUGCUCGCUGCUUUAUUCAUAUAACCAAAUUAAUUAAAGUUAAACGCAAUAAAAUAAAAAAAUUAAA